AUGCAAGUUGAUCGUCAGGUGCAUACGAUGUCUCAACCAGAAAAUACAUUGGAGUAUAUCAACACCAGGAUUGAACAGGCACGCUUAGAGACAAGACAGCUGUAUCAGCAGAUUGACAAAGUGAAGGCGAAAAUAGUGGACUCAACGUUGAAGGAUUGUGCCGUCAAUGUAGCGUCUUUGUCAAAGACGGCCUUGAAUCUAAAGCCACUGCAAGUGCUGAAAGGUCACAACAACAAGAUCGCAGAUAUGAAGUGGAGUGCCGACUCUAAGUCUAUACUCAGCUGCUCACAGGAUGGCUUUCUCAUUAUUUGGAACCCGACAACGGGGAUGAAGCUAAAUGCCAUCCCUCUGGACUCACAAUGGGUGCUGUCAUGUGCCUAUUCGCCAAAUGGACGACUAGUGGCAUCUGCAGGCUUAACGAACAACUGCACUAUCUACUCAGUUCCAGAUAUAGAUGGCGGGAGUUCUGCCUUCCAACAAAGGAUUGUGAGUGUAUUCAAAGGACACACCUGUGGUAUCACAGCGUGCGAUUUCAUCGACAACCACAGCAUUCUAACGGCUUCUGGAGAUAUGACCUGUGCCAAAUGGGAUCUCAAUAAGGGGCAGCGUGUCGUUGAGUUCCUAGAUCACUUUGGAGACGUGCUGGCUAUGGGCAUCAAUCGUCAGAGCCUCAGCAAUGGUGGCGGAGAUUGCAUCUUUGCCAGUGGUGCCUCUGAUGGAUACGCUAGGAUCUGGGACACAAGGAACAAUGGCUCAAUCUCACAACAAUUCUUCGUCUCCAAUAGUGAUAUCACCAGUAUACAAUUCUUCGCCGAUGGUAACUCGUUUGUUACAGGCAGUGACGAUGGCAUAAUAAGACUGUACGACGUUAGAGCAGACUGCGAACUAGCAAAGUAUUCCUUGCCGGAAAUGGCUCAGCAACACUAUAACCAAGAGAUUGACCGUACUUAUUUCCACCAAUCCCCAAUGUAUCAAGAACAACUCCUGGAGUACAAGCGAGCCAGGCCUCUGUCAGUUGAAGAGAUCGACUCGGCACUCAACAUCUCAGGGGUUAUGUCCUUGGACUUCAGCCAGUCAGGAAGGUUGAUGUACUCGUGCUAUGCAGAACAAGGGUGCUAUGUUUGGGAUACUCUGAAGAGCACAAUUGUCGGCAAGUUGGAUGGCCAUUCGAAUAAGGUAUCUAAAGUCUCAACAUCGCCUAACGGAUACGCAGUAUGUACUUCAUCAUGGGACAGCACCAUGAGGGUAUUAACUCCAUCGUACAUCUAG